AGGAAGGGAGAAGCCAAAGAAAUAAAGGGAUAAUUUGGCAGGCAGCUUGGGGAUUGAAAUUCUUCGAGAUCUACGUCGUGUCGACGAAGAAGGAGCAAGCAGUCUUUGACGUUCUUUAACAAGCAACGCGGGACGAUAAAAACUACUCUUCGAUCGUCAUUUCCCCCUCUCUACUUAUUCUUUUUUUCUUUUCCUCGUUGUGACCUGUAACGACAAAAGGCAGUGAGCCGUUAUUUGAUGAAAGGCCCUUGCCUGUUAUAUCGGGACACAGAUACAGAGGGGUACUACCAUCGGACCAGAACUGACGUUUGGGACGGACGACGGAACUCCGGAAUAAUCGACAUAAAGCCAAGAUAAAGUCUCAGCGUACAGUUUAAACUCAUAUUUAGUACAACGGUAACAGUAACAAGUAGCAGCAGCAGCGGUACAACAGGAAGAACGUGAACCAGAGUGAAGAUGGCCGCCUAUCGUGGACGUCGGGGUUCAAAUCCUGCAAUAACGACAGUCUUUUUCGAUCUGGACAACACCCUGAUCGAGACGAGGAGGGGCGACAGUAUGGCCUGCAGAAAGAGACUUCGACUGCGAACUCCCGAAUAAAAGGAUCAGUCCAUUUGUGAGAGAGCACCUUGAACUAAAGUAGAAUUAAACGGGGCGCGCGAGGUCACGCAUGUCAGCAGACGACGCGAAUGAAAAGAGCGCGCUCCCCACUCCGCCAUGUUGGUUUUCUAGCAUAAAGUGCAUGUAUAUAUUGAAAGAUCGUGCUCUUCCCUCCUCUUGUCCCCUUUCCCCCCACCCCUAGCCUUCUUUUCCUCUUCAUGAAUCAAGAUUAUCAAGAUCUAAGGCACGUUUGGUACGGAAUCGUGGUUUUUUCCGCGUGUCAUCAUGUGUAUAGUGACGCAAAUUGUGAAAUGACCGGAAAGAACAAUAAAUAAUCUAUAAAACGAAACACGGUGAUGACGGACCAAUUGCACCGAAUAAAAUUUGCCGAUGAAUUUGUGUCAGUAAUGUAAAGUGUCAAGAUUUUCUGUCGAUCUGACAAUAGCUAUGUAUACAUGUUAAUAUAAUGUUAAACAAUCCUUCGGGUAGGUCCACUGUGUGUAUUCUGAUUGUGUUGCGCGCGUGCGUUUAACUGUUGCGUAUAACUUUACGAAAAGGAACUUCGACAACGAAAUUCCACCGGAGCAAGGAGGGGAGAAAACGUUGAAUUUUCUUGUGCUACGUAUUUCUCCGAGUAACUCUGCUGGAAAUAGAAAGCCCGCGUGUAACACGAGACGUUUCCCGUUAUAGCGCUAUCACUAAUUCUACCCGGCACUAUUUUUGGAACGCGCGAGUGUUUUGUACGCGGGUUUACUGUACGGCGUACAGCCAACGUCGAGAAAAAAAUCGUCGUCUCCAGGGAGAGAUGUUAACUUUUUGUCACAGAGCGCGUUUUUUUCCUUCUUUCUACUUUAAGUACCAUCAAAGCAGUAGACAACGUGUUUUAUUUUUGUUUUCGUGAAGAUUCGUGUCUGUGCAGUGAAAAAGACGGCAAAAGAAACUCAUGUAUAUGUAAUAAAUAAACGGCACACACGUGGGGAAGAUGAUUAUUUUUGAAUUCAGUGGGGGACUCGUUCUUUUUUCUGACUGCUAGUCCAAAAUCUGUGCUGGGAUUAUUUAUUUUUUUUUCUUGCUCACGAAAUCGCGCACGUGGAACGCUAUUAAUGAAAACUUAGUUCUUCCAAUCUGCAUCGUUUCCGUACUUUUCUACUUCACGCCUACGCCUUGCAUACAAACCAACUUUCUUGCUCCGGUGAGCUGCAGCGGUGCUCCGGUCAAUUUGGCAACGCGGUAAAGAAUCUAUUUUGGUAACGCUCCUCCUCCGCCUCGAGAAAGCAACGGUGUGUCAAAGGGCAAGGCUAGAGAGAGUUGCGAGGAGCUCGCUCGCUUCCUGCAGACUAGUCGGAUUGCCACAGCCCGGUGAAUAGGUUGUUCGUGCAUCGUCACUGGAUUUUUUCACAGCUAUACAGCUGUUCUCUUUUUUGCUUGGCUUUGCUUCGGUCCGUCGCGAAAAUGAGUGUUCCCGAAGGUGUGAAGAAAUGCGUCGCCGUGCUGAAGAUGGUGGAAAGUGAUUCAGAAAAGUUUGCUGCACUUUUCAUGGUGACCAAGCUAGUGGAUGCGACCGAUUGUGGCCCAACCGCCAAGAAGAUGCUCUUCGAGGCGAUAGGAACUAAAUUUCUUCGUAAGCUCUUGUCCAGCGACGACGUGCCAGUCGACUGCCCGCCUCAAGUCUACAAGUCGGUGGCUCUCUCGAUACUUUCUUCAUUUUGUAACGAACCCGAGCUCGCCGCUCAUCCUGACAUGAUCAGUCACGUACCGGCUCUGCUGCAAAUUGUCUCUCAGAUGGACGACGACGCUCCGGACGACACGCUCAUAAUAGUGAGCGAAGCUUACACUUGCUUGCAAAACAUAGCUCAAUAUCCUCCGGGACAGAGGGCCCUUGUGGAGCAGCGAGCGAUACCAAAGAUGUGUGAAAUUUAUUCAGAAAAAAGUUUCCAGACGGACGAAGCUCUGAAUAUAUUGGUAACGCUUACAACAAAAAUAGGUCCGCAAGCUUGGGAUCCCAUGGACACAGCACCUUUCCACGCUAUAGUCAACAAAAUAGCCCUUGAUUUUGAAACGGAUCAUUCGGAGAGGAAAUUUGAAUUGUGCUCAAUUUUACAAUCUCUCAUUUCCUCCUGCCGCAAAGAACUGAUAUCCUCAACCGCCGCUCAGGAGUCUUGGCCUCAGAGUAUUUACAAAGGUUUGAGCGACAUACUCGGCUCAAAAAUUGGGAAGAAUCAACGUGAUCCUGCCCUGAAGUUGGCUUCUGCGUCGCUGGAUCUGCUCGGAGUCGAAUGGGCCUUGUCCGACGAGACGAAGCCCAAAGUAUUUUUCCUGCUUCUGAUACAACUGGCUUCGAUCGAAGUGAGAAUGCAGCUGGAGGGGAAGCAACUGAGAAGCGUUAUUCCCAACGCCGAAUUGAUAGUCGCCUGUUUUGUAAUACUCGAGAUUUCACUCGGCUACAUAACAACGGAUCAACUGGAUCUCGAACAGAAAGAGAAACAAUCGUUAUACACCGCCCUGAAAGGAGCGUUCGCCGCGAUCAUUGGAUUACUCAACGCUGUUUCCAAAAUGAAGGAGUUGACGGAUAUCGGUGAAAGAGUUUUCGUUUGUGCUAUGGUACGAGUAUUAUCGGCUUGGCUAGCGCAAGAAACAUCAGCGAUGCGGCCGCAAGUUUACGCGGUCCUGCCGUACAUGCUGACCGUAGCGAAUGACACUUUUUACGCUCAUCGCAACAGAAAAAUGGCAGAAAAAGCAAGAGCCGGAGCUCGCAGCGACGAGGGCUCUUCGUCUUCUUCCGGUGAGCCGGUCGUCCACGAUCCCUUGAGCGAGGUCGAUGUGCUCCGCGUCAUGUUACCGGCUCUCUGUUACUUGGCGGUCGAGGAAGAAGCGAGGAAGGUUUUACUGAAGCACAAACAAGAUCAGAUAUUCUUCGAGUGCUUGUCUUAUCACUGGACGAUCGUGCAUUACAAAAAGCCACCGGUGCCGAGAUCGGAGCGUUUGAAAGCGAUAAAAGAACCAGAAAAAGAGCUGGAGCCUCGCGUACUCAGCGAGAUGCAAGAUUCCCGGGCAGCGAUGGUUUCGAUCUGCAACAUCCUCAUGAAUAUCUCCGUUCUCGAGGCCAAACUCGUCGAGGAAUCAGCCACUUUUAUAAACCUUUUGAAAUUCAUAUUCACCAAUUUACCGGAGCUCAAACAGAUCCCGGACAAUUUGGUCCUCCACGGGCACUUGGCCGUCCUCGGAUUGCUGCUGCUAAAACAACAAGCAAAACUCGUAAAGAAAAACGAUUUCUCCAUAUGCCGUUACAUACAAGCGACCAUAAGAUUUUUGUGGGACGCUUACAACGUCGACGAGAGCAACGAUCCAACCGAGUUAGUAGUAUCGAUGUCGUACAAGGAGCAUUGGAUGGAAAUAAUGGAACUUUGGUUCCUCGGUAUGCAAACCAUGGCCGGAGUACUGCAGCUCAUUCCAUGGAUCACCGAAUUCGCGAUCGAGUCUGGUUGGGCGCAGGGAAUCGUCGAGACCCUCAAGAAAGUCAAAAUCGGUAGUCUGCCACCCAACGUUAAAUCAGCGUACGAAGAUCUGCUGUGCCACCUCGUCAAAGCCGAUUCUAGCGUCGCCGCCGUCCUGAAAAAAGCCGGGGCUCUCGCCGUCUGUAGAAAUCACCGUAUGAUGGAAUUGGGAAAAAAUCUCUUUGGCGAUUAGACUUUCGAGAUACGAGACUUUUUCCCAUUUUCCUCUCGUUCUCAUCGAAUCUGUGUGCCACAGAUUUUUCACCUUGCUCAUUUUUAUUUUUUACCAAUAUCGAAUCAUCGCUGUAACGAAGCUCCGUUUUUACCAUUGUCUUCGCCGAUCGUUUUAUCGGAGCGACUUGAAAUUUAUAAAAAAAAAAAACGCCUAUUUUCGUUUCUCCAUUUUGCACCCUUUCAUCAACGUUAAUUGGCUAAUUUUCAUUGCGAUUUUUACGAGAGUUAUAUGAAUAUGUAUAUUUUUUGCGAAACGUUUGUUCCUGCAGUAGAAUUGCCCCUGUGUAUCGUGUAUCGAGAUUCAUCAAGCGAGAACGAAGGUCACUUUAUUGAUACACGUUUAACGACAGCGAGUAGUACUUUCUUGGCGUGAAAAUGACUCGCAGUACGAGCAUGAGAAUCGAGUGCCAACAAAAAUAAGGGAUGAAUAAUAUCAUCAAUGAUGGUGUCGCUUGACGAGAACAGCUGCAAAUAUUAUUUACGCACUUUUCAACUCGUCGCACCUUGAAAUAGUUUUGCUCGGUGAGAGCCAAUUUGAAGGGAUGAUUCGUCGGCUAUUCGAUGCGGAGGACUAAACGUUAUCGUGGCCUCUUAAUUUUUGUGCUCUGACGAAUCGAUACAAAAACUUAGCAACCAGACAGGAAUAUUUGUCAAGAUAUUUAUUCCCGUAGAUACACGCGAGAAGUAUAAAUAAAAGUAACGAAGAUCGCGUUAAUUUGUGAGACGAGUAUAGAUCUCGUGCGAUGCGCUCAGCAUCCGUCAGUGCUAUUUUUACUCUCCUUGUGAGAAUAUUUUCCACAAAUUCGAAACGCUUGUAAAGCUUUUUCGAAAGGUAAACGUUUCGAGGAGAGAAAAAAUAUGCAGCGUUAUCCAAAGAUUGAUUUUGUUGUUGUGCUUUCAUUUUUAAGACAUUUGUAAUAUCCGAUAUAAAUUUUACAUUAAACAAAAUUAAUUUUUCUACA